UUGUUUUGAUUUAGUUUCGUCGUUCGAGUGAAAUUCAACAAAAAGUAAAUCAGUACAGUAUAGUUUUUUUUUGUUUGUUCUUUUGUGUUUCACAUUCUUCACGUAUGUGUUGAGAUUUAGUUUGUACUUAGCAGUAGCAUUUCGAAUUUAAAUGAAUCAGAUUGAAUAAAAAUCAGCGACGUCAACAAGUGUUUAUUUUUCUCGCGUCAAUGCCAGAAAAAGUGUUAUCAUUUCGAUUUUUAUAAAUAAAUUGUGGGGCAAAGAUGCCAGCCUCAAGAGAGAAUCGAUCCGGAUCUGCAAAUGAUGGAUAUUCAUCAUGGAUUGGUUUGGUGUUUUUAUUCAAUUUAAUUGUUGGAACGGGUGCACUGACGCUUCCAUCGGCCUUCGCCAAAACGGGAUGGCUAUUGGGUUUGGUGCUUAUAACAAUAUUGGCAUUCAUUAGCUAUAUGACGGUUACAUUUGUAAUUGAAACGAUGGCCUGUGCAAAUGCCAUUUACUAUUGGGGACGAUUGGAGCAAUUGAAACGAGAACGAGAACGUGAAGGCUAUAAUGCUCAAGAUGCGGAUUCAACAACCGAAGAAGAUAACGAUUCAGCGAUUGUCAAUGACUUUGAACCGAAUCGUCUCAUCCAAAAUGACAGUGUGAAUCAUACGAUUGAGCAUAUGCCAUUGUUUUCGCAACGAACACGAUACUAUGAAAUCGAAACCAAAAUUGAAUUGGUCGAUAUGGCACGCAUUUUUUUCAAUGAUACGGGUCGUGUGCUGUUUUUUCUAUGCUUUGCCAUUUACUUGUACGGUGACUUGAGUAUUUACGCAGCUGCUGUUGCAAAAACACUUCGAGAUGUCAUUUGUACACGAAUUAGCGUCAAUGCAACAGAUGAUGAACUGGAUGCAAAACCAUGUUGGACAAAUAUCGAAGCAGGUCAAUGGUCAACAUUUACACGACUCGAUUGUUAUCGAUUAUCUCUGAUCGGUUUCAUCGUUCUAUUGGGCCCAUUCACAUUUUUCAACGUACAAAAAACCAAAUACAUUCAAAUGUGCACAAUCUUGCUGCGAUGGAUGGCAUUUUCAAUAAUGAUUAGUAUAGCUGUACGACGCCUUAUGGUUUAUGGUCAACAGGCUUAUCCACCAAUGGCAAAUCCAUAUGGAAUACCAUCAUUGUUUGGCACCUGCGUUUAUUCGUUCAUGUGUCAUCAUUCACUUCCAUCGUUGGUCGCACCAAUUCGCGAUAAAAGCGGUUUGCAUAAAAUGUUAUCCGCUGAUUAUAUGCUCAUUGCCGGUUUUUAUCUAUUUCUUGCAUUAACUGGAUCAUUUGCGUUUGCUGUUCUCGAAGAUUUGUAUACGCUGAACUUUAUUCCGACGCAAAAACAAUCAAAUAUCUUCCUUGUAGUCAUUGAAUAUUUUCUGGCAUUGUUUCCAGUUUUUACAUUAUCCACCAGUUUUCCGAUCAUUGCAAUUACGCUACGAAACAAUUUAGAGGCAUUGUUCAUGGGAUCAACAUCAACACAAACGAAUGCAACCAAUGUCGAUUCGGCGUAUUCGAGUUUUUGUCAAUUUUUAUUGCGUCGCUGUACAUUUCCAUUGAUGGCAAUAUUGCCGCCAAUUGCUGUCACAUAUUUUACCGAUUCAUUGGCAAGUUUAGUUAGUUUCACGGGCUCAUAUGCUGGCACUGGUAUUCAAUAUAUUAUUCCGAUUGCAUUGGUGUGGCGAGCAAGAAAAACAUGUCGUACAAUUUUGGGACAAGGAAUUGUCAACGAUUACUCAAGCCCAUUUCAAAGUGUGGCCUGGUUGAUUUUCGUACUCGUGUGGAGUGUGACAUCCGUUGUAUUUGUUACAGUUAACUUCCUAACCAACUCACUUCGUCAGCCAAAUCAUCUUGGUAUUCAUUUUACACAUUAGUUCAUUUUCAAUCGAUGGCUAAAUUCAAAAAAAUCAAGAUUGUAUGUUUUUUUUCUAAUUCAUCAUUCGAUAGAUGAAGUUUGCUCUUCUUCUGAACUUACUUUUAGAUACAUUUUUUUCCUCACAAAUUAAUCAAAACUUCAUGAAUCGAAUGAUGCAACAAAAAGUAGGUUGCAUUUGAAACCAAAACAAAAUAGUAAAUUAAUAUAAUGUCUUAUUUGACACAUAUUUAGCAGCUCAAACAUCAUCUACCUGAACAAUGUUGAUGAUUGAAUGCAUCAGAGUAGGAUUUAAAUGAUUCUCAAUCAAAUCAUAAGAUAGAUACAAAUGCAUGUUGAACAUCUUCUCUUUACCAAAACAUUCUUACAGACGUGAACACAUCCACUCAUUAACCGUGAUACAACAUUCAUAUAAAAUUAGUGGUUAAUUUUUAAUGUAAAUAUUCAAAUGAUGAGAGAAAUUGAAUAAUAUUUUGAAUUUUACUUUUUAAAAGUUAUAUGAAUAGAUAAGGACCUUACCAAAACAAUAACAAAAAAAAACAAAAAACAAAAUUUAAAUAGAAAAAUAUGAGAAAAUAAAACCAAUUAUUGUAUAAAUUUACUUAGAUUAACGAAUGGUGCAUCGACUGUAUUCAUGGUCUUACAAAUGUGGAACAUCUAUUUUAUUGUAAAUGAUAUUGUUGACAUAAAAAAAAGAACGAAAUGAAAAUUAUUUUACAAAUGUUUAACUUUAUUCAAGCGCAAGAUGGAAAUAUGUGGCUAUAUUCAAACACAGAAUGAGAAAGAAAAACUAUUCAAUAAAUAUAUUUUUUUUAUCAUCUAUGUAUAUAUAUAAAAUUAA